AUACGACUGACAUACGACAUACGCCAACUUUCAUAUUUUUUUUGCGCAACCGCAAACCGCAACGCCUAACUUCGUUCAGUAAAGUUGUUAGCUGUGUGGCUGUGUGUGUUUGGUUACUUUAUAUUUUUAAAAAGGUGAACAAAAAUCAAGUAACCAAAAAUGCAUAGAGCCCUUUCUACGGCCGCCGGGCCUACAGGCCACAGAUUGGCCUCCUGGCUGCUAGUCAAGAACUCCCCAAAUUUCGCUUUGGAGCAAGCUAGAAGCUACAAUGUACCUGCCUCAGCUGAACCUUUUCUGAGCGGCAGUUCAGGCCAAUAUGUGGAAGAUAUGUACAAUGCUUGGCUCGCCGAUCCAUCUAGUGUCCACACAUCUUGGGACUCCUUUUUCCGAAACUCAGCACAAGGGGGUCCCGGCUAUCAACCGCCGCCCUCCCUAGCCCCCCUCGGCAGGAACGAGGUGCCGGCCAGCUCGCUACUGCCCAUGGUGGGGUCGAUGACAUCAGGGGUGGGCCAGAUCAGCGAGAAGGCCAUCGACGACCAUCUGGCCGUGCAGGCCAUCAUCAGGAGUUAUCAGGAUAUUGACACUAUCUCUCAAAAUUACUCAGCAAGAGCUAAAUAUGCUAAUAAAGUAAAAACCCCUUCAGCAAAUAAAACAGUCGGUACCAAAUGCUUGGCGUUUCUAGGACAACUUCUUCAUUCCACAACUAUCCGUGGCCACCAUAUUGCCAAGCUGGACCCUCUGGGAAUCAACAGUGCCGACCUAGACGAUCAAACGCCUCAGGAGUUGGUCUAUAAACACUACAACUUCGAGGAUACUGAUAUGGACAGGAUUUUCAAAUUGCCAUCAACUACUUUCAUCGGAGGCAAAGAAAAGUCGCUGCCCCUGCGCGAAAUUUUGCGCAGACUGGAAUUGACGUAUUGCAGACAUAUCGGUGUGGAAUUCAUGUUCAUCAACAGUUUGGACCAGUGUAAUUGGAUAAGACAAAGACUCGAAACGCCAGGCGUGACGGACCUCACGUCGGACCAGAAGAGGCUGAUUCUGGCCCGUUUGACUCGUGCUACAGGGUUCGAGUCGUUCUUGGCAAGGAAAUAUUCGUCAGAAAAACGUUUCGGAUUAGAAGGUUGUGAAAUGCUGAUACCCGCUAUGAAGACAGUCAUCGAUAAAUCGACGGAAUUGGGAGUGGAAAGUAUAGUCAUGGGUAUGCCCCAUCGUGGUAGACUCAACGUAUUGGCCAAUGUUUGCCGCAAACCUCUACACCAGUUGUUCACGCAAUUUGCUGGUCUUCAAGCUGCUGAUGAUGGUUCGGGUGAUGUCAAAUACCAUUUGGGUACCUACAUCGAGAGGUUGAAUAGAACGACUAACAAAAACAUCAGACUGGCUGUCGUAGCUAAUCCAUCCCAUUUGGAAACUGUAGAUCCAGUUGCUCAAGGUAAAACUCGUGCCGAACAGUUCUACAGAGGAGACGGCGAAGGAAAAAAGGCUAGUUUCCUGCAUGUUAUGUCUAUUUUGCUUCACGGUGACGCGGCAUUCGCUGGUCAAGGCGUCGUUUUCGAAACCAUGCAUCUGUCAGAAUUGCCAGCGUAUACUACUCACGGUACCAUCCACAUUGUCGUCAACAAUCAAAUUGGUUUCACGACUGAUCCUCGUUUCUCAAGAUCUUCACCGUACUGUACAGACGUCGCCAGAGUGGUGAACGCGCCCAUCUUCCACGUGAACGCCGACGAUCCGGAGAGCGUCAUCCACGUGUGCAACAUGGCGGCCGAAUGGCGCGCCACCUUCCAUAAGGACGUCGUCAUCGAUCUCGUUUCGUACCGCAGGAACGGCCACAACGAGAUCGACGAGCCGAUGUUCACGCAGCCGUUGAUGUACAGGAAGAUCAAGUCGAUCAAGCCGUGCUUGGACAAGUACUCGGAGCAGCUGAUCUCUGAGGGGAUCGUCAGCGAGGACGAGGUGAAGGACGUCAGGGAGAAGUACGACAAGAUUUGCGAGGAGGCGUUUGAGAGGUCCCGUCAAGAGACUCACAUCAAAUACAAGGACUGGAUCGACAGCCCCUGGUCAGGAUUCUUCGAGGGUAAGGACCCCUUGAAAGUGAACCCCACCGGGGUCAUCGAGGAUACUCUGUUGCAUAUAGGAAAGAGGUUCUCUGCACCUCCACCGAAUGCUGCUGAAUUCAUCAUUCACAAAGGUAUUGAGCGUAUUCUGAAAUCUAGAAUGGAAAUGGUGGAGAGCAGAGUAGCCGAUUGGGCACUCGGAGAGGCAAUGGCUUUCGGUUCAUUGUUGAAAGAAGGAAUCCACGUCAGACUGUCUGGACAGGACGUGGAGAGAGGCACCUUCUCCCAUAGACAUCACGUGUUGCACCAUCAGACUGUCGACAAAGCAACGUACAGACCUCUGUGCAACCUCUACCCCGACCAAGCGCCCUACACCGUCUGCAACAGCUCCCUCUCUGAGUACGGCGUGCUCGGCUUCGAGUUGGGCUACUCGAUGACCAAUCCGAACGCGCUGGUCAUCUGGGAGGCGCAGUUCGGUGACUUCGCCAACACGGCACAGUGCAUCAUCGAUCAGCUGCUGUCCAGCGGACAGGCGAAGUGGGUGCGACAGACAGGGCUGGUGAUGUAUUUGCCGCACGGCAUGGAAGGCCAAGGUCCUGAGCACUCGAGCGCUCGCCUCGAACGUUUCCUGCAAAUGUCCUCCGACGACCCUGACUACUUCCCCCCCGAAUCCGACGACUUCGCGGUGCGUCAGCUGCACGACAUCAACUGGAUAGUGGCGAAUUGCACCACCCCUGCCAACCUGUUCCACAUUCUGCGCCGCCAGAUAGCGCUGCCGUUCCGCAAGCCGCUCAUCCUGAUGACGCCGAAGAGUCUGCUGCGCCAUCCGGAGGCCAGGAGCUCCUUCGACGACAUGAUCGAUGGUACCGAGUUCCAAAGAAUUAUUCCUGACGGUGGCCCUGCCAGUCAAAAUCCCCAAGGAGUACAGAAAUUGCUGUUUUGCAGCGGCAAAGUCUAUUAUGACAUCUUGAAGGAGAUUAGAGAUAAAGGCUUGGAGUCCAAGAUCGCAUUGACUCGUGUUGAACAGCUCACUCCUUUCCCUAUGGAUUUGAUCAAGAAAGAAUGCGCGAAAUAUCCCAACGCCAAUAUUGCCUGGUUGCAAGAAGAACACAAAAACCAGGGUCCUUGGACAUAUGUGCAGCCAAGAUUUGAAACCAUUUUGUCUGGUCAACGAGAUAUUCGCGCAUCAGAUAAACAAACAGGAAAUUGGUUUGGUAGUUUGUUCGGUGGUAAAAAAUCGCAACCUCCAUCAAAGGAACAAACUGAGGCACCUGAUACUAGAGUUGUCAGUUAUAUUGGAAGAGCUGUUGCUGCCAGUACAGCAACAGGUAGCAAGAAUCAACACCUCAAAGAACUGGCCAAUCUCGCAGAGGAAGCCUUAAGGCUAUAAAAACACUCAGUACAUUUUAUUAAAUCAUUACCUUGAAUUUAUCUCAGUUAUGUGAUAGGAGUACUAAAAUUUACAUAGUCUUUAUCGGAAAAAUUAAAAUAUUUUUAUCGUAGUACGCACCAUUUAUGAAUGCCAAUGCACUGAUCAAUCAAAAUAUGUAAGUAUUGUAUAUAGUACUUUUAUGUAGGGAUACAUGAAUAGCAAAAGAGCUGGGUGAUGUCUGCUUUACUGAUUCGAAAAGUAUUGAUGUAGUUGGAAGUAAAAGUUUCACAGCAUUGUUUCUAUAAGUUCUCUUCUUGGGAGUAGAAACGGAAGCACCUGUUUCUUUGUGUUUGGUCAAUAUUUUUCGUCUGAAAGGAGGCUGUCGUGGGGCUGAAUCAUCAAGAUUCCCUAAACGCGUUUAUGAUGUAUUAUUUAUUUGUUAUUGUUGGAGCACGAGAAACUCUGAACUCUGCAAUAUCGGGUUGAAGUGUUUCUCGUGGAUUACUGAGUAACUGUCUUAUUUAUUUAUUGUAUGAUCGUGAGGAACAUAAAUAAAAGUUUUAUCCAAUAUA